UCCAGACGCCAAUUUGCAUUCCUAUUCACUCAACUUAGAGAACUCCAGGAUCAUUGUGCAAGAAUGAACUUGAUUCAAGUGGAACCGUUCUUUGUCGCUUGAGCUGACCCAUGAUCAACUAGCUCAGUUUCAACGCAACAUUAGUGGUCAACAACCACAAGCUGACCUUGCACUGAUUAGCCGAUACCCCCCCAAAAAUGACCCAAGGAAACCCAACAGGUGAGUCAUUCCAAUUUUCAAGAUCCACCCGUCAACAUCCAUGAAUAAGAAGGACAUUCUCGAUUUAGCUCAACAGCAUGGUCAUUCAAGGUAAUCCUAAUGAGCCCGUGGACCGGAACGCGGCCCCAACACCAUCCAACCAUCACGGCUAUGAGCAUCAAUUUUUAGUCCCAAGUGUACCUUACACGUACCAUCCGCAGUACCAUUUGCCAUAUCCGUCCUCUCCCUCGAAUCAGUACUCGCUUCAUCCCAAUAUGACGGGUGGGUCGGGUCAAUCACCACAAGAGGUCACCCACCACACACCUCGACAUCAUCAGCCUCAAAGAAGUCCCACGCACGCUCCAUUGACCGAGGACGAGCUACAGCAAUUGCAGACUGAUUUAAGAGCUCAAGGUGUCUCUGAAACUUUCACUCGUUUGGUCGACCAACCCGCCACCAGUCAGAGUAGUAAUCUAUGGACCGCCUAUCAUACGCCCAGCGAACAGAUUGCCUUGCAAAUCGGUCGGUCCGACACCUUAGAACGCCAUCCAGGUUUCGCCAACCCCAAUGACAUCAGUGGGCACAAUCAUAUGAUGCUCUCCUCCGAUGAAAGCCUGACCAAUCACGUUAAAGAGGCUUUGGGCCUUGAACCCGCCAACCCGAAUCAGACUGAUCAAGCCAUCCAUGGAGAUCUUCUCUCAUCCGCCAUAGAGUCUAAUGAAUUAAAGACCAAAGAGGACCGGUCCGAUGAUGGCUCCAAUGUGCAAUUAAUCCGGGUGAACACGGACAACACGUGUACAGUUAUCACUAAUUUCGAUACCACUUGGGGUGAACCCAUGGUGGGUACUCCGGAAUCAUCGCCUAAAAUGCGGAAAGUGGGCGAAACUUUGUCACCCACUUCGGCCCACCCUUCUACGGAACAAUGGGAGGGCGAUUAUGGUUUUAAAAUCAGUUUCAUUAAACUGACGAACAACGGGAAGAACAAAACUUGGGAUUUCUCUGAGCGAUUAAACAAGCUGUUCAUCAUCAUGGCCAAAAGUGUGAAUAUCGCAUUCAGUCUCAAUCAAACUGAUACGGAAGGGUUCUACGUGCGAGCUCUCCCAAUCUUUGCUUUAGCCGGUUGCUUAUCGGAUCCGGUGAAACGUUGUCCUAAUCAUGCCUCGCCCUCGGAUUCUUCCAAUCAAGGCUUUCCGCCGGAACAUCGCGAGCAUUUAGUUCGGGUCAGUCAUGAUGGCGUGGUCUACGAGGAAGAUCCCGUCUCCAAACGCCUAUCCGUGAUUGUUCCAUUGGAGAAGCCCCAAGGUGGGACCACUUACACCUCCUAUCUUUACAAAUUCAUGUGCUUGAGUUCAGAUGUGGGUGGGAUCAAUCGGAAACCCAUCAAGUUGAUCUUCACCUUGGAACAAGGCAUUGGGAACGUAGUGGGUCGGGUGAUCAUCGAUUUGAAGCUCUGCACUUGUCCUAAGCGAGAUCGGCAACAGGACGAAACACGUGCGGUGGAUGAAACUCAAAAGUUGAUGGAUGCGGCCGAUGGAUUGGCUCGAUCCAAUAGUGUCUUCACCAAGCCCAGUGGGAAAAAACGCAAGAUUGAAACGGAAGAAUUCGUUAUGGUUCCGGUUGCCAAGCAAGAUUUCGAGAAGAUCAAUGAAUUUGCCGAGGCUGCUGUGAUUAUGCGGAACAUGGCACAAGCCAAUAAAAUCAAAGAGGAGAGGCAAAAACUCUUGGAUAUGCACAACAAAAAACUCAUCAAUCGUUCGAAAUAAAGAAUGACCCGUCAGUAUUAUCUAAGGUGAUAAUAAUAAUAAUAAUCAAAGUAACGCAAAAACUUGUGUACUUCUUGCAAAUUAGAACCUAGGCCAUGUACUACAUGAUAAUAAACAGUUAUUGGCAAUUCGUAUUAUGUA